AUGGCAGCCAAGAUAUUCCUGACAGACUCACAAAUAGCCCUCUAUUGGAUUUAUUCACAUAAACCACUCAAGACCUAUGUGGUAAAUCGCGUUAAGUAUAUUCGUCGUGUCUUUGACGAGCUAGAAGCAGAGAAGAUCUCUACCGGUAUUAUUUGA